UCGCCCUCCAACCGUUUACUGCCAUUUCCAUCCCACCUUGUGCAAGCUCUCCCACACUGUAGGGAGUUUUUAGUUUGACCUCGGCACAUAUUUUCGCCAUGGCCACUCCGCUGCAAUUCAACCCAGCGCAGGAACAAGCUGUCGCCGACAUCCUAUCACGCCCUCGCGCCGCCAAUACCGGUCCAUUCGCACAAUUCCUAAAUGUAUACGAUGCGUUCCAAGAGCGGAGAGAAGCAUUGGGUCUCAGCAACCCGGGCACAGUCGAGAACAUUGCGAGAGAGGUCCAACGCGAUGUCUUCCUGAACAACUCCAGCUUCUCAGGCCUGCGCGCCGAGCUCACCAAGGCCUUCAGCGCCGCUCCUCUAUUCCAGGUUGCGCACUCGUUGUCUAUGGGAUCGCAGGUCAUGCCACCAUACUCAUACAUGGUUCUUUACGGAUCACCACGGGUGUUCAUGCAAGGAAACCUCGAUAACGAGCUUGCCUUCUCCGGUCGCUUCAACUGGCGCUGGACGUCAGCAUUCGUUACCAAGACCGCCGUCCAGCUCACAUCACAAGGCAACAUGGUGUCGCUCGAGAACGACUACACUGGCGCCGAUUUCUCCGCUUCGCUAAAGGCUGUCAACCCCUCCAUACUCGAUGGCGGUAUUACUGGCAUGCUCAUGGCAAGCUACCUCCAGGCCGUCACCCCCAAGCUCUCACUCGGUAUCGAUGCUUUCUGGACCCGCCCCGCUAUGGCAUACCCACCAGAGCUGAACGUCUCAUAUGCGGCACGUUACAGGGCUGUCGACUGGAUGGCGUGCGGUCAGAUCAUUCCUGAUCGUGGUGUAUUGGAGGCUUCAUACUGGCGCAGGCUUACAGACAAGGUUGAGACGGGUAUCAACUGCAACCUCGCAUUCGCUGGAAUUGGCCCUGGAGGACCCAUGGCCGGACCACAGAAGGAGGGCAACGUCACAAUCGGUGCCAAGUACGACUUCCGUCAGUCGUCAUACAGGGCGCAAAUCGACAACCAGGGCAAGGUCUCAUGUUUGUUGGAGAAGAUGAUUGCGCCGCCGAUCCGUGUGACCUUCUCAGGUGAAAUCGACCACAAGAGCAACGCCGCCAAGCUUGGUCUGGCCGUUGCGAUAGAAGCCGCCGACGAGGCCAUCAUGGAACAGCAAGAACAACAGGGCGCCGCAAUGUCAGCCGGCUCGAUCCCCUUCUAAACGCCUCUCCACACACCCAUGUAUCGACUAUAAUACCAUGACUCUUCUCUUUGCUGUAUUACCACCUUUCUUGGAGCGAGCGUCGUCUGCAAACCCAGCGUCACCGCUUUCCUGGUCUCAUCCCACUAUCUGCGGAAUGAUCGCGGUACUGAAUGCGCGCGGCUGGGGUGAUUUAUGAAUGUAAAAGGCGCAACGUUGACAUCUGAUGGAAUACGAGCUUUGGUAGACCGGGAUUCGGCGAAGCAUCUAUGUCGCCAGACGUUUGCAUGUCGACAUGAGACGAUGUAUUUGUACAUAUAGUAGCAUAGCCAGUGGGCGCAAAAAAAUAAAAUGUACAGAAAC